UGAUUUGGUAUCCGUUAUUUUUCUUUACCAAAGCGUAGCCAUUACCUUCAUAUUUCCAAAAAAGACAAAAAAACGACCUAAUUAGCCAGAGGACCAACAAGACACAGGUGGGAGAUACCCGUUUCGUAGGACAGCCCCUUCUCUCAGUUCCUCAGUGGAGGGUAGGCUCGUGGGUCUGACAUUUGUUUGUCAUCCUUUGGGACAGGAGACCAAACGAUUCCGCAAACAGGUGUGCGUGCUCACAAAUCUUCAUAGAUUGGAAACCAUUUCUUUUUUGUUCAAAUAAGGAUGACUAGUAGCUUGAUAUAUUCUCAGAGAAUACUUUAGUUCAUUACGGAAAGCAGAGAGUGGUUUACACAGAAAUAUAUAGCUCUUUCAGUUUGGAGGGCUGGGGUUUUCGUACGGAAAAAGCGAUGUCAACCAAAAGAACGAGCGUGGUGUCAACGAAACGUAGCCAGAGCCCCGUUGUGUGGGAAGGAGAGAUGUUCAGUGAAUUUCAGGACUGGUGUCUCCGGACUUAUGGUGACUCGGGUAAAACAAAGACAGUCACCCGACGAAAAUACAACAAAAUUCUCCAGACCCUCAUGCAAGGCGACGACUCCGACGGCGUCUACCUCGAGAGCAACCAUAUCAACGCCAAAUUUAAAUUCUGGGUGAAAUCCAAGGGGUUUCAGGUCGGGAGCGCUGAGGACGAAAAUGCGAACGAGGGCUCUGGCAGACCUGUCCUGUACGUCCCCAUCAAGGCAACGUGUGUGGACAGCAGCUCUGGGCAGGACGGCGCGUCCCUGAAGAGGGUGGCGGUGGUGGAGGACUUCUUCGACAUCAUCUACGCUAUGCACGUGGAGAUCAGCUCCGACCCCGGCAGAGCCCCAAAACACGCUGGCCAGAAGAAGACCUACAAAGCGAUUGCAGAGACGUAUGCCUUCCUACCCAGAGAGGCGGUCACCCGGUUUCUGAUGAGCUGUGGCGAGUGUCAGAAACGGAUGCACAUUAGCCCCAGCAGCGCCGACUUCAAAGAAAAUGACCGACCACCCUCUCUGACACCAGGACUCAUUGACUACAACAUGCCACUGACCACCACCUAUCUGAAACAGAUGAAGCUUCAGUGCAUGAAUAACAAUGAGCAGGAUGAGAGUUCAGUGAGCAGCGAGGACUUUGAUAUGAGCGACCCCACAUGGCUAUCAGCUGAGAACGGACCCGCGUCUGACCCCAACGCCUCCAACCACACAGACAGAAUGCACAGCCCGCAGAACGCACACAAGGAGGAGGAUGAUGACUCCUCGUCCGAGAGUGGCAGUGCGAACGGGCCUCUGGCUGUCACUCCUCCCUCCUCGUUAGUGGUGGGUCCGGCCCCCAACAGCCGAGCGGGCUCCACCUCCGCUCUCUGCAUUGUCACGGCAGCAGGCUCCUCGGGCAGGGCCUUUGGGGGCCAAGCCGUGAACGGCAACGGCACGUCCGGUCCACCACCGGUGGCGCCUCCCCUGGACUUCAGCACCACGUCAUCGUCAGCGUCCUCGCUGGAGGAGCGUGAGCAGCAGUCGCACGGGGUGACACUAAGCGAGCGUCUGGCCCCCGGAGCCCUGCUGGGGCCCGCCUACCCGCUGGACUCCGCCAUGGAGGAACUGCGUCGCAAGUACCCUGGCAAGUACGCUGCCGCAGGCAUCCCGCUGCCACUUCCCGCCGACCUGCGCCUCGACAGAGACAUCAGAGACUGCGGCAACAAGUCUCCUCAAUACAGCUCAGGUAGCUAUGACUCUGUGAAGAUGGAGAUCUGUCCAGAGGACCUCACCAUGGGCCGUGCACAGGCAGCCGACGACGAUGACGAUGACCAUGAUGACCAUGACGACAGCGAUAAGAUCAACGACACUGAGGGAGUGGACCCAGAGCGGUUAAAGGCCUUCAAUAUGUUUGUGCGUCUCUUUGUGGAUGAAAAUCUGGACCGAAUGGUGCCCAUCUCCAAGCAGCCAAAGGAGAAGAUCCAGGCCAUCAUCGAGUCGUGCUGCCGCCAGUUUCCUGAGUUUCAGGAGCGCGCUCGCAAACGCAUACGUACCUACCUCAAGUCCUGCCGCCGCAUGAAGAAGAACGGCAUGGAGACUCGACCGACGCCACCUCACCUCACCUCUGCCAUGGCGGAGAACAUCCUGGCUGCCGCCUGCGAGAGCGAAUCACGCAAGGCCGCCAAGAGGAUGCGCAUGGACGUCUACCAGGCACAUGAGGAGCCCAUUGCUCUGGACAAGCCCAGCACCCGUGAGCCGGCCUCCCUGGCUCACUCUGCGUACUCUUUGGCUGCCACGGCGUACUCCCAGGAUCAGCUGUACAUCAACGGAGGCCUCAACUACAGUUACCGUGGCUACAGCGGACUGGGCGCCAGCAUGCCACAGCCCGUUUCCCUGACGACUGGCACGGCACAGAGCAAUGGCCCCACUGACCUCAGCAUGAAGUCGCUGGUGUCCAGCUCGUCCUCCUCAUCCAGUUCCAACAGCCACGCCCACACCCAUGGGCGCAACGGCAGCAGCGGCGGGGCAGGCGGAGGCACAUCAGCCCAGCUCAGCCCCACCGAGAUCACAGCCGUGCGGCAGCUGAUCGCCGGCUACCGCGAGUCGGCAGCCUUCCUGCUGCGCUCGGCCGACGAGCUGGAGAACCUCAUCCUGCAGCAGAACUGAUCCAGGGACGCUGGAGCGCCCACACACUCAUCCGUCCACCCUUCUUGCUCUCGCUCUCACUCUCUCUCUCUCUCCUCCCUGUCCCCGUGCUCUUUUCUAUUGCUCUCUGUGACGCUACCACACUGCCCCCGCAGCUUCUCUCUCGCUCCAACUCAGAACCUGGCUCUCCUCCUCAACCUCUCUCUCCUCCCAAGCCUCUCGCUCCGUUCAGGGGCUCAACACCUCAACGCACCCACCUCGAUCCUAAAAUACAUUUUGACUGUUAAAAUAAUCACGAAAGAGUGGUGAGUGAAAAGAGUGAUAAGCCUACCUUGAGAGCAUGGCUAGAGACUGGGGGCUGAAAAGAAAGAAACAGAAAAGAGAGAGGAAGAAACAUUUAGUGGGCAACAAUCCUCAGCCCCCACCUGUGCCCCUGACCCGUGUGGGUGAGUGAUGUGGGCUCUGAAGCAGGAUGCUAUAUACAUGACGCCAGUGAGAUUUACAAGACACCUCUCUUCACCUCCCUCCUCGAGAGAGAGCCCCUUACAAAAAGACUCCUCACAUUAUCAACUAAAACACUUUGUCUAACUGGAAAGUAUAAAUAAUGUCCUUGUUUAAUGUUUAUUUUUUUUUGUUUGUUUGUUUUCUUCUUUUCUUGUGAGUGUGUGCGUGUGUGUGUGUGUGCACACAUGUGAGCGUGUGCGUGUGUGAGCAAAUGAAAGGAAAGAGUGAGAGACUUAUGAACCUGCUGUAAAUAAUGCUCUCAGUGUCCUAAAGCACUUUCCCCCCUACUUCUCCAGACCUCGCCCUCUCCCUCCCAGUUCUCUCCCUGGGGAGGAUCGCUUAUCUUAUGCAUAAGGAGAUGCCAUUGCUACCACCCUGACCUCAAACACACCCCCACCCACCCACCCUUGAAAAAAAAAAUACCUCAGAUCUGCCGGGUCUUCUGUGUUCUCGACUCCUGGCCGACUUCACCAGAGCUGCUUUUAGAGGCUCAGGUGAGGGAAACGGGAGAUUCAAGUGAAGGGUUUGGUCCAACAGCAUUUCCGUGUUGUUUCAUGUGUAAAUAUUGGCAUCAUUUUUUUGAGCUGAAGUGACUUGACUACCACUAGAAAGUUUGUGACGUCCCCACCCCCUUCACCGCCAUGGUAACCUGAUAUCACUCAUCCUCCCCCCUCCCCUAACCGGUCGUUGCCCCACCAUCAUCUCAGACUUGUGUUGUCUGUGGGACUUGGACUUUUUCUUUGAGGAGCCAAUUGCACUUGCCAUAGCCGGCCCAGCACAGCAUAUGGCUCUCCACAUGAGCGGAUGGGUCGGACCGCCCCAUCACCUCGGAUGCCAAAUCUCUCUGUCCUCAGCGUGGCACACACCACGUCCUCUCCUUGGCUUUUGGCUCAUCGCAUCUAGCUUUUUUCCCCAACUCCCUAUGCUUCAUACCUUUUGCUUUGCCUCCCCUCCCUUACACUCCGCUCUCCUCUGCUCAGUAAUGAGGGGUUUGGAGGACAGAGUCAUCUGUCUCUUGUCUUUAUAUCUGUUGACUCAACAAUUUUUUUCUUUUCUUUUAAAAAAACAAAAUGGCCAUUAAUCCAUGUUGCUGCUAUGGACUGGACUCUAAUUUGCCACAGACCUGAAACCUCAAGAAGUCAGGACCGCCAGCCUGCUGCACAACCAGACCACCUCAAGACCAAAUCCAUGGACCAAGACCAUGAAGAGGCAGACGUGGGAGGAGAACUGAUGAAACUGUAAAAUCCGCAAGAAAAACUGAUAGAUGGGAGACUUGAAAGAAAAAAAAUACUUUAGAAAAAAAAAGACAAAAAACUGCCGUCUACUUUUUUUUACUGUUGUUUUUUUCUGUGAAAUUUCUAUUUUCGUGGCUUGCAAUGUGAGUUGGCAUUCUUCUGUUGGUUUCACAGGGCUGUUUGCUUUUACUCUCUUAUCUCUCUCGUGCGCUUAUCCUUAUUUCUUUGCUGUGAGAGAAAAUAUUGUGACACUUUGAAGUGAGCUCAGCUCCUAAGGUUCACACGUAACCCCCCUCCCAACCUCCGGCCCACAGUGGGUCAGGAGAGUCCUCUUGACCCAUCACCUCAGCCUCCAGGAGGGCUACUCAGAUCUUUGACCUAUAGCGAAUGAAAUGGAAACUUUAAUUUAUUGAUUCAAUUCUUUUUUACAUUUCAUAUGCCUGGUUUCCCCUCUUUUUGUUUGUUUUUCUUCUCAAUGACAGUCGGGCUUGUAGGGGUUAACUGUCACAUCACUGUUAUCUUUUGCUCCCUUUUGCACACAGAACAUGCAGCAGAGAAGCCCAGUGGCAGGCAGCUGAGGGAGGGAGGGUGGAUGGUUGGUGUCACUGUUUAUGUGGAGUGAGUAAGGGAAGAGUUCUCCAUCUCACACCAGUGUGAGUCUGCUGAAGGGGGAUAGAGUGUGACCGUGCAGUUGAUAAUCAUAGCGUUCCUGACCGUCGGCAGUUGGGUUAACCCUCGCUAGGUGGGUGGCUCAGGUGUGAUCACACUUACCUGCGGUCACCACAUGCCAAGGUUAGGGCUCUGUCGAAAACAACUCGCAUAUGAGUGUGACUGAAUGUGUGAGAGCUCAUGUAGUCUUCAGAGUCACGUGUGUAGAGGCUCCGUGGCAUUGCAAGCACCCACUGUGUCCCUGCACCAUAGAGUUAAACACCCCUAUCCUUACCCCAUGCAUGGGCAUCCUAUUUAUGUGUGCGUCAUUUCUUAGCCCGCGGCAACACAUUUUGAAGAAUUGAGAAGAGAAAAUGUAAUAUAUUUUAUUUAUGAAAAGUGGAAUGGUUAAACGUACACAGUCGAAAUGUGUGGGAGCUGUCUAUUCUAAAAUGCUGUUGGUAAAAAAAAUGACAAAAGAAAAUGAACAAAAUAUGCAAAAAUGACCAGUCUGAGGCUACACCUCACUGUGUUCCCUCUCCCCGCCCCUCUUCCCUCCCCUGGUCCUUCACCUUGUCCCCUGUGUCAGCGGUGUGUGUGUGAGCGGUGAUGCCACUGAAUCAUCUCUCCUCUCUCUUGUGUCUCCUCUCUCUUGUGACUCUCGCUCUGGUUUCCCUGUGGUGGCUCCAUCCAGCGCUCUGUUUCAGCAUUAUCCAGCUCUCCCUUGGGUCGCUCUUUCAUCUACGCAUUGCAAUGCACCAUGGGAAGAGUAAGGCAGAUAGCUGGGCGUGGCGGGAGGGAGAGAAGAAACAUAAGAGUCUUAUUUCUCAUUCCUGUUUGACACAGAUCAGGUGGCAGUCCCUGGAGUUUGGCAGGUUUUGUUAGUGCACAGAGAUCGUAUUACUACCCUGCAAAUCAGACUAAGAGAUAUUCCCCGUCUAUAUAUGCGCUCUGUGUUCUCCAGACUGCUGAGCCUCGUGGUAUUCAUGAGCUCUGGAUUAAUAUAUCCCCCACAUACACUGUCACUUUCCAAUUCUCUGUGUCCUAGUCUCACUGUAUUCUCUUACAUACACAUACAUAUACACUGUCUCUCACUCACUCAUGCGCACACACACAUACACACAAAUAGUAUGUAAGCUCUCUGUGUCACUCGACAGACAGUCUGUCUCCCACUUUCCUUAAUACACACACACAGCCAAAUAUACUCGUAUUCAUACAUACAUUCAGUCUCUUGCCAUCCCUCUCCGUCUCUUCCCUCAAGAGACUGCCCUUGUAAUGUCAGUUAUGUUGAGCGAUGGAUUGGGCAAGGGGAGAUAGGGUAGUGGUUUUGGAUGCAGCCUUCUCUUCAUCCAGUGCUUUAGGCAAGCUUGGCCCAGAGUGAUGGAUGGAUCCCCCCCACCCCCAACAACCCCUUACCCUUUACCACCCCCACCCUACUAAGGAAAUGACAUUGUCAAGCGCUGCUGCUGAAUUUCUCUAACCUCACAUGCCACUAAGCUCUGCUACAGUUUAACCGAGAAGGAAUUUAAAAAGAAAAAAGUCAGAUACAAGUUGUGUAUUUGUUUGAAAAGAAAAGACAAGGGACGACAGUUUAAAAAAAAUCAUCAGAGAAAAGGUCGAUAGAGGCAAGAUUUUUUAGUGAAGAGGCUCGUGCUAAAUACUCCAUUCAGAACUAUCCUGCACCUCCUUUCCCAUUUGCGCGUUUUCUCGUUUUCACGGACAGCUACUUCAAGAAAACAAACUGUUCAAAAUGAACAUUGAAAAAAAAUCUAGGCAGAAGACAAUCUUGGAAAGGUGUAUCUUCACUGUUUGAUUUCCACUCCUCUUUCUGUGUGCAGCUAUAGUAUACAGUGUGUCUUGGAGACCGCAGAGUAUUUUAGCCAUAAUCAGAGCAUUCUUACUCAGAUUUCUGACUCUUCAGGACCUCUGGAGGACUAAUAGUUGGCCCCACUGUCGACACCUUUUUAAACAUGAUUUCUAUUUUUAUUAGUGUAACAGUUAUUAUUACGAUUAUUAUUAUUUUAUAAAUACUUUUUUUGUAUUGCAAGUAAGUGGUCUUUUCAGAGAUAUUUUGUACAAUAUCAACAUCACAAGUGACGUUACUCUGUAUGCCUAUAUACAUUCCAAACCAGGAUGUCAAAACUCUUAGCAGUCUGCCUGAACAGUGUCACAGAGGCCUGCUGCUCAUUGGUGGACAGUCUCCUCCAAGCACACAGGACAUUUAUACCACACAAAGUUGUUGACCUGACUAUAGUGUUGUUAUGUAACACAAUAGGAUAUUUGCAUUUUGGCCCAACUUACAUCAAAACCACACAACAAGAUGAAAUGAUAGACUAUUAGUUAAGCAGUACUCCCUCUAGAGGCGUGUUGGAGAACUGUGGACGGAUGUGUCCUCAGCCAAAUUGCUGUGUGCUUGCUGUACAGGUGUGGAAAUUCACCAGGGAGCUGUGGAGCUUAUCUUAUCUUGUGCCCUGAUGAGGGCAGGGCCAACAAACACACACACACACACACACACAUUAAGGGACUGUCCAACUAGACAUUUCAGGAGGGGUAUGCAGGAGUGACGCUUGUCGGGGACACCUGCUAGUGAACACACACUCUUAAUGGUCUGCUUUGGUCAGAUGUGUAGCUCAGCAAAAACAAAAAGAUGAACAGAAAAACAUACACAGCCGAGAAAGAAAUGUAACUUUUUAUUUUUCUAUCAAGGGCAGUGUAUAGCUGAAGUCCAGUCGCAAAAUUAUUUUCCGACCAUUGUCUUUGUCAUUUGAUGGUAUUGUGGAUUACUUUUGUUUUCUUUUUUCUUUGAUUUCCUUCCCUGUUAUAUCUUACUGCACCAGAAACCAACAGUCUGGGUUCUGCUUUGACUUUGUAACUAAUACCAAUGUGAAAAGAAAAAAAAACUGUAAUUCCCCUUCAUUUUGGACUCAGUGGAAGUGUGAUGUUUACAUGUACAGACUUUUGAAAUUCUCUUCUUUUAUCAGGUUUGUUUUGAUUUGUUUUUGUUUGUCACAUACAACUCCUUUCCCUCGAUGACCCCAGUCUGUAGUUUAAUUUAAAUCUGAUUACAUGUUCAUUGAAGGGAAAUGGGACUAAAUGUGUCUGAAACCUGGUUCAUAGACACCACAAUGGGAAGAGGACUUGAGCUGAUCAGGGUUGAGCCACUGGAUGUCCUUGCCUUGUAGACACGCUCCUGCCUCAGUCAACAUAGCCUGGGUGCUGUGGCCUUAAACUAGCCAGGCGCCUACCACUCGCCAAUACUCAUAGAGUCUGCUAUUCAAAUAAUGUAUAAGCCAUUGACACACCCUAACCCAUACAGGGUUUCUAGUGUUAAAUACAAAUAAUCCAUGUUGUAAAACAGCAGACUAUAAAACCUCAGGAAAAUUAGAACAUUUUUUAGUGUAUAAAUGUCUUAUUGAAGCCCCAUUUCCCUCUUUGAUACCAUUUAAAUUAUAUUAAAUAAUUAUUCUUUUUUUAUAUUUAUUGUGUUAACAGUGGAUAUUUUUUCCAGUACAUGUGGCUGAAUACUUAAAUUCUUUAGAAAACAAGUGUUGAUAAAUAUAUAUGUGAAACAACUUAAAAAAAAGAUUGAGAAAAAAGAUGAAAAACUCCAUUUCUGUUUGUUUCAAUGCAAAACAGCAUGGGCGGCUCUUUGACCUAACAUAUCAAUUUGAUUACUGAAGAAUCCAAUGAUUUGAAAUCAAGCUUUCUUCAUUGUGAUGUCACGGCUUUGGUAAAAAUGUUUCAUUACAUCAAAUUGUGAAUUCUUUUUUUCCUCCCAAGCUGUACCUCACAAAGCUAAAUAUACUAAUAAAACUGUGUGCUAUAUAUCAAACAGA